GUCAACUCGCAGUGCAAACGGAGGAAACUUGAAGCCCGUGAUGUUCAAUCCACACAUCCAUCAGCAGCAGCAGCAGCAGCAGCAGCAGUUUCACCAGCACCUGCGUCAACUUCAACAGCUUUUUCAGCAGCAGCCCCCGCCCCCACCUCCGCCGCAGCCGCCUCCGGGGCAUCAUGUCGCCCACCACCACCACCAGACUCCCCGAGCCAUGCCUCCCCAGACCGCCCCUCCUCCCAGGAUGGUCAACCUAUGCCAGGCAACCCAGACCACCAUCCUUGCACCAAAUCCCAUGCUGCAGGGAGCCCUGCUGAUGCAGCAGAUGCAGGGUAAAAUGCGCAGCUUUGGGAUGGGUGGGCAGCAGUUCCGUCAGUUCUUCGCUGCCGGGGCCAGGUCGUCUCUGCUCGGGCCUGUUCCCAUGGGCAUGGCCAUCAAGUCCCCCAUGAUGGGUUACCCAGCUGCUCGAAUGUUUCACCCACAUGCUCGCUUCCAUAAUAACACCGCCACCUCCUCGUCUUCCUCCUCCUCCUCCUUCUCUUCCAUCACUACCACAGACGCAGCUCGCCAGCCAGACAGGAAGAGAGACAGCGAGCAGAUGGCAGCAGGGAGCUCAGACGACCAGCAAGCAACAAGCAGCACCAACGACUCCAGUGACAAGACUGAUGCAGAUGGUGGCGUAGGUGGAGCGGAUGGACCCACGCAGUCGACUGAGGAGAAACUUGAAGAGCCUGCAGUGAAGAAGCAGAGGACAGAGGGGUCAGAGCAGCCUAAAGGACAGUGUGUCGUCGGGACUGUGACUAUCGCGGACACGGAUGGGGAUGUUCUCUCUUCUGAGUGUAACAGCAACACAGAGGACAGCCAGCCCGGAGACUGCAUCAUUCUGGAGGACAGAGGCUCUACAGGCGGGUCAGAUGUCGUUGACGCGUUUGAGGAGGGAGGAGCUGCUGAGAAAGCUAUCUCCGUCCUAACUCAGAUGCACAGCUGUUUGUCGGCAACAUCCCCGUCUGGGCAGCUGAGCGAGGACUACCAGCAGGUUGAUUUACCGGCGGAGGAGAUGCUGGACGCCAAAGACUCUCUUAUGGCUUCACCGGACAACCAGGAGGAAGAGGAGGAAGGUGUAGCUGACGGGGCUAACAAAUUCUACUGCUACCUCUGCGGCAUUACCUGCCACAACCAGCAAAACUUCCGGAGUCAUAUGAACAGUAUGUCCCACCAGCAGAGGAUGAUGGAGAUCCAGCACAUGAGCAACGCUUGCCUUGUCACCCUGCUGCCCCGAGUGCAGGAGUCACUGCAGGGAGCCAUCAAGGACGGAGAGAAGAAAGCCGACAAGAAGCAUUGGUGUUCCACCUGUCACACCCACUUCACCUGCAGCAUCACGGACCACCGUCGUACCGAGGAGCACAAACUGGCCAGUAGAGCUGUCGUCUCCUCCUGCACGGUCUGCAAGAAACACUUCAGGACCUCCCAGAUCUUUGUGGAGCACUUGCAGUCCCAGGAGCACAGACAGAAAGUGGAAAAGCUCCAGGAAGAGGAGGGCUGCGAGGCUUUGGGAAACCUGACUGCCACGGACGCAGACGGCUUCUCCUUAGAUGAGGUGGAGGGCAGUGAGGUGGAGGAGGGAGGAGAGGAAACAGGGAGGGAGGAAGGAGACAAAGAGGGCUCUGACAAAGAGGAUGGCUGGUCCUCCCUCAAAGAAGUGACUCUGAAGAAUAUGACCAAUGACGAGCAAUAUGACCCCGACACAGUCUAUGGGUCCAGUUUCUUUGUCCCAGUCGCAGGUUUUAUCUGCAGACUCUGCAACAAGUUUUACCACUUUGAGUCAUCUGCUCUGCACAGCCACUGCAAAUCACUGAGGCACUUUGAGAACCUCAAGAGGCACCGAGAUGUUCUCAGUCAAAAGGGCGACGCUGCUGAAUCUUCAAAAGGAUCUCCCCUAGCGGCAGACAGCCUCAGACCUGUAACAGACACGGCCACGGACGCUGUGGAUGAAACUUCUCUCUUUGAUGACGCUGGCUCCGUGAUCAACAAAGACUCCAUGCAGCCUUCUGUCACACUCACCCAUCUGGACAUGCAAACAGAAGACCAGCAACACAAGCAGGACCUCAUCUCCGCCUCAGCGGCCAGCGCAAGCAGCACAGACCAAGACUUCGGCCUCGCCAGCGCCGAAGAGGAGACCACUUUACCGCUGGAGUCUGUAGUUCAGGAGAGUCCGGCUGAAGCCAGAGAGGAGGCGGACGAGGAGGAGGAGGUUGAGGAGGAGGUUGAGGAGGAGGAGAAGGCGGCUCCUGUUGGCACAGGGAAAAAGAGUGGCGCGAAAAACAAGCCCAAACGCAGGUCAGGGAGGGCCGCAAGCAGGCGCUGACGGAUGUAGAAAAAAGGAUGAAAACCGGGUACACGGGAAAGCUUCGGACAGGAUGUGUCUGUCUGUGAAGAGGUGCUUUCAUGAAACAGAGACCGAGGAGUGAGCGGCCCUGCGCCUCUCUCUCUCUCGCUCUCUCUCUCUCUCUCUCUCUCUCUCUCUCUCCGUCUCUCCGUGUUUGGAUGUUUGGACUGAACACACACACCAACAAAUAGGGAGUUUAAAUGAUGGUAAAUCACAGUGGAACAGGACUGUCUGUGGGGAAAAGCUCUCUCAGGGUGGGAAAGUGACACCUCACAGAUUUUGAAUUCAGUAAAAUCAGUGGAAGUGGAUACAUUUUCUUUAUUUUUGGCUACCUGUUAGAGAAUUUUAGAGACAUCCUCAAACCUAACCAUUGCUUCAAACAAAUAUAUUUUAAUGUAAGGAGAAGCCCCUUCAAUGGGUUAACCAGAAGAUAAACCAUCACAUGGGAAUGGCAUCCAAUAUCCUCAUUCCAUGCGUCAUACUAUGAAUGAAAUCUAAGCAGGAUCUGGGUACAAGUCAAUGCAGGAAGCAUAAGAGCUCACAGCUGCAAAACAUUGAAACAAACCUGACUUUCCCCGUUAGCACGACCACAAGGCAGCAAAACGGGGUUUGAAAAUGUCAACGACUAUUGGUUGAAUUGCAAUGAAAUGUGCUUGACAUAUUCAUGUUCCCCUCAGGAUGUGAUUCCAAGAAUUCCAAUCAGACACCAACAAAACUUUAGGAUUGAAAAUGUGCAGAACUGAUGAUAUUCCCAUCGGCUUUAGUUGUACUUUGUGUGUCGUGCUAAUAAGCGGCGGCUAGCAUGCUAAAAUGCUAAACAAAGAAGAAGAUGAAUGAGCUAAAAACAAAAUGCAGACUACGUAGACAGGGGAGCGGGUUUUGGCACCAGAUGUGUUCAGGUUCCGAUUGGUUUUAAGUCUUUUCAGUGCGAGUAGUUUGACCUCUCAUCCGUCGGCAGGCUUUGGAAGAGAGAAGGGUCGAAGGCAACUUGCCACCUGACAUGACAACAUUUAGCUUUCUAUUAAUCUCUAAAAACAAAGUGUUUCAUACAAUAGCAGAACAACGUCUGCCCUUUAGACAGUCAGAUUACUUCUGAAGUUGCUGGUCUGACUGUAAACAAACAAACAAACAAACAAACAAACAAACAAACAAAGGCAACUCAAGGAGAAGAAGUCGUUUCUCAACAAAUCCUCGCUAAAGUGCAUCCCUGAAAAGUCUCUUUCUCCCAGAGACUAGAUCUUUGGCAGAUGAUAACAAAUGGUUUGGGAGCAAGGUAAACAUUUAACUUACCGUAAUUAACAUGUAAUAUUUAAACAGGUUGUAAUUGGGUUGAGUGUCAAUGCACAGCCUCACAAAGCUGCUAGAGUGGCUGAAGUCCUGAUUGUAUGAAAGCUGCAAAAACUGGUUUCAAACAUUGAGUAUAUACUGUGUACAAGCAGAGUGGAAUUGGAAUACAUUGAUUUCAACUGAUAGAAACAAUAUGAACAUUUUAAAUAUGGAGAAUUUCCCCUUCGUCCACCUAGCGUUUCUUUCUGAGCACUAGCGUUUGUUUUCAAUGAGAGAGCAAUGGCAGCAGCAGACGGCCGCCUGGAGGAAAAUGCGCAGCGCCCAUCUUUCUUUUCUGAGCGCUCCGUAUUUUUUUGUGCGGCCGCUCCGAGCACUCGAUUUUCUUUUCUUUCAGAAAACGGCUCUUGACGUCACCGCCGCUCUUCUCCCGUAGUUUUGAUGCUUUCUGUCGAUCGUUCGGCAGCUGUUUUCAACAGACUGUUGUCAUAGAGACUGUUGUCAUAGGGACAGCAGAGACGUGCAGCGCUUGUCUUCUCAGUGCACAAACUGUUUUGCGUCUUUCUGCCAAGGAAAAAACACGAGGUGGACACGGGGCCUGAGGUGUAGUAAGACGUGUUUUUUAACAGACACAAGAAGAAACAUUUUUCAGAUAAUCCUACAUUACAAUCAAUGUAACUGCUUCUGAUCCCUUAAACAAGCAGUGUCUAUGUGGCAAGUCAAUGUAGUCCAUUGAUAUCUGAGCCCUACAAGUUAAUUUCCCACCGUGUUGUGUCCUCAAGGGUCAGGAGGGCAAUGAACGUUGAUUGUCAGCUUCUGCUAAUUCCCCAGCUAGCGAGUUAAAACUUUGGUAAUUUCAUGUAACCGUAAGAAGCCGAGACAUUUUCAACAUGGCCAACCACGUAGCUUAAGCUUUUAGCGACCUGAAAAGAAGAAGAUAACCACAUGAAGUGUUUGAGCAGACUUUUAUAUUUAAAAAAAAAAAAAAGAAAAAAAAAAGUGUUAUAAUGGAUUGUACUCUGCGUUGAGUGUUGAUUGAUUCUGAAUCUUGGUUUCUGACAUUUUGUCAUGAUUUACCAUCUUUGUUUCCUUUUUGGGCUUCAGGUUGAUGUCUUUUUUUCAGGCAAGCAAAAAAAAAACUUGUCUCCAGCUUUGGCCUCGAUGAAACAGCCCCAAACACUUUAGCAUCUUCCCGCUAGUCAUGAUUUGAGUGACACGUUUUUAUUUUUGUAAGAGUGGAUCUUAAAAACAACAUCCCAAAAUAUUGAGGAGCAGAAACUUGGAGGGACCACCUGCCAAGGAAAGUCCAGAUUUGUUUUUCAUUUAUUCACACAGUUAUAGAAAAGUAAAAGCUUAUUGAAGGAGUUUGAAAUGCAGCAGACAGCUGUAUAAACAAAAGCUGUCUUCACACAUGCACUCCUGAAAAUUUCUAGAACAUUUCUGGACAGUAUGCCCUGAUAUCUUUGUGUCAAUACUACCUACCUUUUCAUUGGACAAAGAACAUACUGCAGCUUCAUUACAUGCACAACGUUCACACCAGUGAUCUAAACACCAUCACCUCCGUCCGCUCACUUUUUGCUUAAUUUUCCUGAAUAUUUCCUGCUGCGUUCACCCAUCAGCUCACCCCUACUUCACAGCGAUUUUAAUUUGGGGGCGGCAGAAAAAUUUCAGAAUAAAAUCAGGGUAAAUUGCAUUCAAACAUGCAGCUGGCGCUAAAAAAAUGUUCUUUAAAUUUUUAGGAGUUUUGUGCAUGUGUGAAAACACCAUAGGAGUCCUCACAUUUACAAAAAGGUUGCAAUGGAAAUGUUAUGCUGCCCAAAGAUAAGAGGGCUGUAAAGUUGUUUUUUCUACUUCCUCAGAGGAUACGAAAGUCUGACUUUCUGAGCUCAGAACUAAAAAAGAAAAUAAUAAUAAUAAUUUUGUGUUGGCUCAUCUGGACAAGUGCGCAGACUUUAAGGGCAAAAGAUCCGUACACUUCUAAUUCUGUCGAUUUUAGUAGUUGCUUUUUUUCCCCUUCCAAUUAACCAUUGCGUUGAUUUAUUUUUUCUCAUUAAGUUGUUUUAUGUGCUCUACACUGGACAGAUAAAAGUAUAUCAGAGGUAAUAGAAACAGAAACAUCAGUUUAAUAUCGCGAUUUCUGGAUUUAAACACCCGUUACUUGAAGUUCCUGUGAGGAGUUUUUAGCUGGUUAUGAAACGGGCCAAAAAUAAAUACUGAUGCUUUUUUAUGACCUUUAAAAGCAAACGAGACUGUCAGCGACAAGAUCAACAAUUUCUAUGUAGUUAUUUUUAAUGCCAGACGUUUUGCAGCGUGGUAGAUGUUAGUAGAGGCGAUCAACAGCACUCUACCCAGCACAGCAUUAUUUUCCAAUGCAAAAGUUCACAAUGAGUAAUAAUUAUGACUGGUAAAAAAAUGCAGAAUAAGAUUUUACAGAAAAUACAAACUUACAGGACGAGCUUAGCAAAGUAAUAUGUGGCAGCACUUUGUCCACAGGGGGCACCAAAACAGAAACAAAGGUCCUCACAGGAGCUUUAACCCAGCCCCAGUUAUAAAUCAACAAAGUGUUUUGACUCUGUGUCCAGCAUUUCAUUUGUCACAACGGCUUGAAUAUGAGACAUUACUUCAGUUUUUCAUAACUAGUCUACUGUUCCUCAUUUCAUCCCGACAUCAGAGAAGGUUAUUUUAAACCGCAGAAGUGGUUUGCUGACUCAUGUAGCAAUUCUUAGUGAUGGUGGCGAUUGUUUCCACAUGAUGGGAAUCACAUCAUGUUGUGUCUGAAGGAAAAAAAAAAAAGAAGACAUGAUGGGGGAAAAAUAUUUUUAGAUCCCUAAAAGAAGGGAACAGGAGAGAGAAAAUGACCUGUUAAAUAUAAUUUCAAACAAAGCUGUACGUUUCUUAUUGUAUUUUUAUUCAGCUACUGACGAAUUAAGAAGAACAAACAGUGAUGUUUUCUAACUGCUGGAAGUUUAAUGUAUUUUUGGAUGUUUAUUUUCUGUUUGGGGGUCGUUUUAAUUUAUAUUAAAAUGUCUGAUAAUUCCAA